UGGCAGCCGAUGGCCAAUGCCUCAAUUCAGUACUCACGUCACUGGCAAAGCUGCAGCGUGCGGAAGAGAAAUAUUCUGUGGGUGGGGCUACUUUUAUUAUCAAAUUGGUGUUUUACUGAACACAAUGGGCAAAUUACCGCUAAGCAUACAGGCCAUCGAGUCAAGCUGCUGCGUGACGGUACCUCCCAGGAAGAAACAAACCCUAUAUUCAUCAUGGAUCUGGAUCCUGACAUUCCUUAUAUACUGCAGCUACCACAUGUCUCGCAAGCCCAUCUCUGUGGUGAAGAAUGUGCUCUAUCAAAACUGUACACUUGUGAAUGAAACUAGAAAUGGCACCUACUGGUGUGAUUGGAAGCCUUUUGAUAAUGAAAAUGCACCUACUCUUCUAAGUACGGUGGACUCAUCUUUCCUGUUUACCUAUGCUUUUGUCAUGUUCUUCAGUGGGUUUGUAGCAGAAAGAAUGGACCUGCGGCUGUUCCUCUCUGGUGGCAUGGUGUUCUCUGGAGUAUUCUGUUCCAUGUUCGGGCUUGGUUACAUUUUUGAAAUUCACUCUCUCUGGUACUACAUUCUUGUACAAAUACUGUGUGGUGUGGUACAAACAACAGGGUGGCCAGGAGUUGUUACUUGCCUUGGGAACUGGAUUGGCAAGGGAAGGAGAGGAUUGAUCAUGGGCAUCUGGAACUCGCACACCUCAGUUGGUAACAUCUUGGGAACAGUCAUUCCAGCAGCAUUUGUCAGUUACAACUGGGGCCUCUCCUUCAUUGUCCCAGGCCUCAUCAUUGCUAGUGUGGGAGUGUUGGUGUUCUUCUUCAUGGUACCAGAACCUACAAUGGUUGGCCUUCCUAAUCCAAACAAAAAGGAGCUUGAGGCUUCUCUUCCCCAUGCAAGGAGAAGACAGGUGCUACGAGAUUUUGCUGACACAUCCGAUGAAGAAAGUGCCUCUUUGAUGAGCCACGACCAGCAGGUGUGCUAUGAUGACAAGACAAAGGAGGCAUGUGCUGAUACCCAAGGAAACAAGGAAGAAAAGGCCAUUGGGUUUCUACAGGCUUUUGCCAUUCCAGGAGUUGUUGAAUUUUCCUUCUGUUUGUUUUUUGCUAAGCUUGUGUCUUACACAUUUCUCUACUGGCUACCAAACUACAUCCUUAACAAGACCUCCUAUAGUGCAGAAGAGAGUGCCAACCUGUCCACCUUUUAUGAUGUGGGUGGCAUCAUUGGGGGCAUCCUGGCAGGUUUGGUGAGUGACUUCUCUGGCAUGUCAGCAUCUACCUGUGCUGUGAUGCUGAUUGCUGCCAUCCCCAUGAUGUUUGUGUACCAAGUCUUCUGUACAGUGUCUCUGGGGAUAAACAUAUUCCUCCUGGUGUUGGUGGGUAUCCUGGUGAAUGGACCAUACGCACUCAUCACUACUGCUGUGUCUGCUGAUCUGGGCACUCACCAGUCCCUCAAGGGAAAUGCCAAAGCUUUGGCCACUGUAUCAGCUGUCAUUGAUGGCACUGGCUCAAUAGGUGCUGCUCUUGGGCCACAGAUUGCUGGUCCCAUCUCAAUCCUUGGCUGGGAAUAUGUGUUUGAUAUGCUGAUGGCAGCUGACCUUUUGGCUUUACUACUGCUGACUCGACUGGUGAUGAGGGAUAUACAGGGUUGGCUCAGCAGACGAAGAGUCGGGUACAAUGUCAGUGUUUGAUAAACCGUUGAUCUUCAUUUUCAUUCUUUAGACGUUGAUGUAAAUAUCAUCACAUUGACUUGACGGUGUGCAGAGGUAACCGUGAAGGUUUAUAGCAAGUUUGCCAGUGACAUGAGAUAUGUCUUCAUCUAUGUAUAUAAUGUAUAAAUGCAUAUGUGUAGUUUUAUCAUGAUAAGUUUGCAUUAAAUUUUUGCACAUCUCUGCACUACUAUGCACUAAGUGCAAAUAAUGUAAAAUGACCUGGUGGAUAUAUUUUUUUAUGUAAUUAAUUACUCGUGACAUUUUUAUUAGAUGUGAAAAUGUGGUGAUUGUUGUUAAGUGUUUGGCCUCUUAGUGGGGCACAGUGGUAUACAGUGUUUUGAAAGAAAUCCUUGUAUAAAUGUUGAAUUUCAAGAUGUAUUUAUUUUUAAAGAAUUAUAAAGAUAAAUUAAGGACCUGUGUUUCUCAGCCAAGGUGUGGCAUAAUUUUGGAUUUAUGGUCAUUAUGCUGCUUUAGCAUCAGAAAUUGUGAAAAUUUUAUUUGCAAUAGUUUCACUUGUUCCAUCAUGUAGAAUUAUAUGUAUAUAUAUAUAUAUAUAUAUAUAUAUAUAUAUAUAUAUAUAUAUAUAUAUAUAUAUAUAUAUAUAUAUAUAUUGCUCAUUGUAAGCACCAGACCUCCUGGCUGGGGCAUCAGAAACUUACAAUGAUAAUGGUCCUCUUGAGAAUGAGCUGUUUUUACAAAAAGCAUUGGUUUCUGCCAUGGCAUCACCACAUCCUUCACCUUUGCAUUAGUGUGCCUUGGGAUACAUUGGAGAGGAGUAAUCUGAUAUGAAAUUUUCUGCAAGUUGGCAUAUUAUAGUAUAUUGCACAAUAACAUCUUGUGAUAAUUAAUUUUGUUUCCUAAUAUGCUUAAAAGAGACUUUCGUGCAGAUCGUGAGCCUCAAGGAAACAAUUAUCUCUGUUAGAUAAAUCAUCGAGUAUCCAGGAUAACAGUUAAGUGUUGGUUAUGGUAGCUUAGGGAGGAAGGAAAUUGUAAUACCUCUAAGUCUAAAAAGUUAUCUGGGCACCCCAGGAAGACAACUGAUAAGACUGUCACAGUCUCAAAUUGGGCAAUGUAGGCUGAGAUUAAGACUACUGCAUGCUCUAAGACUUCAUAAAGGCAGUAAAUUAAACCAAUAAAGCAGCCACGUGUUUUAUGAACAAACUGAAUGUAGACAAACCUCCAGCAGGAAGGAAAGGUAAAUGUUGACAGAAAACAGCAGAAUUUGACUAUAUAGGCAAGGUGCAUGCACAUAAAUACAAUAGGAGGCACUUCACUAGGCUUAAAGCCAGUGAGGGAAUAAGAGGUCAUUCAUUAGUCUUAAUAGAAAGCAUGAAAUAAUUAAGAGAUUGACAGAAAAUGAGGGAAUAGCCCUGAAAUUUUCAAGAGUUAAGGUUCAAGCAAAGGGUUCAGCUUUAGAAAUAUGAGAUGGCAGUAGUUGUUGGGAUAUUACCAAAAUUUCUGGCAGUUUCUAUUGAAGGAGUUUUGGCUUGAAAAUACUCUUGGGAUGAUUUCAGACAAAAUAAAGCGUACAAGUUUCAGAUGUGAGACUGGUAUCAUUUGUGGAAUGCCUCCUAAUAUCAUGUAUAGGAUAAGAACAAACUGAGUUGAACCAAUAUUUGGAAGAUUUAGGUUUAGGUUGAAAGAAAAGGAGAGGAAUAUAUGUGUCCAUAUAAGACAUAAUCACCUCUCUGACACAGAAGCUGUAAUUUCUUCUUGGGAAAUCAGAAUAAUACCACCUCAGAUCCCCCAAUUAGCCAAGGCACUUUGGAGGAUCUUGAAGAGAAACUUAAGGGAUAAGACACCAUACAGAUAUGAGGUUGUGAUCAGGGGAGGACAGCAGGGAAAACAAAGUGACAGCAUUAGCAAGAAGAUCAGAAGUUAGGAAAAGCUCAAGAAUGUUGGGUGUUAUCUUGAAGAUUAUUAGGAAUAUGAAUAGAAUGAUGUGCCAGUUGCUCUAGAUUGUGGAAGACAAGAGUUAGUGAUUAGAUUAUCAAGUGAAGAAAGAUAAAAAAAUAAGGCUUAAGGUGAACUUUGAAGUCUCCCAAGAUUUCUGUGAAAGGGUCAAGAUAAGCCACACUUUAUAGAUUUUUUUUUUUUUUUUUUUUUUUUUUUUUUUUUUUUUUUGAGGGGUUAGGUGAGAGGUAAGCAUCACAUAGAUUUAGUUUGAAUGUUACUCUAAAUCAGAUAAUUGAAAAUUCAGAUGACUUGUAUGGGCACACGAGCAAGUUAGUUUGUUGUGAUCAUAUAGGAUGCAACAUCCAGCUCUUGAUUAAUAGUGAGGAUAAAGAUAAUAGUAGGGAACAGAAAGGGGAUUGCUGUUUUGAAGAGAAAAAAUAAAGUUUGAAGAAGAGAUUGAAAUGUAGAUCAAAGGCUAUGAAUGUUGCUGAAGUUAAUGAAGGAAAAGAUUCAAAAUGUGUGAAGACACUUAAAGUUUAUACCAUAGUGCAAUCUGACUUGGGGGCAUUUCUGGUCUCCUUCUCAGACACAGAUGAUUUUUAUUUGUUUCAUUCUGAGUGAAAUUUAAAUAUAUUUUAGGUUCAUGUAGCUCUGUGUGAUCCUUUGAGCUGUGAAACAUUCAGAAAGGUCACAGUCAGCACUGCCUACUUAUACCAGUAAUGAUGGAAUCUUUGUGGAAGUAACUACCAUUCUUAGGGAGUGUUUAAUGCCUUUAUAGUUUCUUCAGUUUCCAAGCUAUAACUUAGAAUUUCAUUUCAUUCCAUUCUUGAUCUAUUUGUUAACUGACCUUUUCAAACCCUUCAAGUUCUUUCCGUGGAAAAAAAAAAUAUAUGGCUUUGAUUCACUGAUGUUCUUGGCCCCAAAUCUGCAUCUUAUUUUCUCACCUGCUUUGCUUGCUUGCACAGUAUUACACAGCCAUUUCAUUAUACUCUCUUUUACCUGCUUGGCUUGCUCACAGAGUAUUACACAUCCAUAUCACUAUACUCUUUGUAAUAUGCUCCUGAUUCAUCUAAUUUUCCCUACAAGGUCGUUUCAUUGCCAUAAAGCACUGCACUUCUCACACAUGGCAUUCAUGGUCUACUGUUGAUGUUCAGGGAAACCCCCUUUCAUUACUAGAAAGGUGAUGUAACUUACUAAGGUAAUUAAACUUUUGUUUUUAUAAUAGACUAACUACUAGAUACUUUCCUUCAUAUACCAUUUUUUUAUCUUCAUAACAAUUUGGCUAUAAUGUAACGAUUCAUUAACAAUCUUAGCAUGUUAUAUUUCUGUAGUAUGCAGUACACUGUGUAGUUAGAUUAAAUAUUUAUAUACAUA